UUCUGUUGCUCCGGACACCGGAAAUACGUCACAUAACAUUAAUUUUCCCGCGGUUCGGAGUGUUUCCCUGAAGUGCUCGCAAGAUCCCGGUUUACUUUUUUCAUUUCUUAUGUAGUUUUGCCAUAGAAACUCACAAUGUCAGGCGUGUUUGAGUCUCCCAAACCUAGAAUUAAUGCAUCAAUGUUGUCGCAGUAUAUUAGUCGACCAGUCUGCUUUCUUGGACGCUUGGAAAAGGUUCACCCAUCAGGAAAAGCGCUGAGUCUUACAGAUGGAGAGGGAAAGACUGCGUCAGUGGAACUGAAUGACCCGCUGGAUGAAGAGCUGAGUGGGAUUGUGGAGGUUAUUGGCAUGGUAUCCAAAAAAGGAACAAUCAUGGCUGCUUCAUACACCCAAUAUCGAGAGGACAAAAUACCCUUUGAUUUGGAGCUAUACAAUGAAGGCCUGAAAGUUCUUCAUGAUUAUCCACAGCAUUACCCGUUUGAGGUGUCAGCAAGCGGGUGAAACUGUCCAUGCAGCACACUUUUUUUUAUUUUGUAGGUAUUUUUGUUUAAUUAAAUAUAUGCUUUGUUUUGUAAAGUACUUUAUAUAUUAUUAAAAUAAAACGUAAUGUUCUUCACAAUUUAAAAAUCUUCUGCAGUCACACCGACUAACACAAUGCCAACAGAAAAUCUUAAUUCUUUAAUAUUAUGUAAUGACAAGCUGUCAGCAUUCCCUAGUACUGGAAUUUAAUUUAAUUGCACGUAUAUAAAUAUCCUGUUUACCAACAAAGUCAUUAGAACCUGAACAAACACUUGGUUUGAAAUAAACGUGAACCUGUCUCAACAAAUCAUAUCUCCUGUUUAGAUGGUAAUAUAUAGCUGAAUGCCUGGGUAGUGGGUAACAAAAAAUAUUUAUUGCCUGUAACAAAUUUAAUUAAACUCUCUAUAAAAACGGACAAGUAAAAAGGUAACAAUGUUUUAGAUUUGUGGGGGAAAGGCUCUGCAACAAAACAAUACAUAGCAAUGGCUUUACUUUACAUAGAUCAGUGUUUUACAACAGUUUUAGAAUGGUGCAGCCCUUCAAACAAUAAACCUCUAUCUAUUUACCUCCUUUAGCACAGUCAGACUACAGUCAUACAAGUACUGCAUACUAUAUUAAUAAGGUUUGUAUUGUAAAAUAUUAUAUAAAGCAUAUCAGUAUUAAAAUCUUGCUCAAUUUAAUAUACUAACCCAUUACAUAUUUAACUUUAAACAAAAAAUAACACCUUUUACAAACCCUUAAACAGGUUAUAUUAUAAUAUUUACUAUAUAUUUUAUACUAUAUAGUAAGUCAGUGUUCAUCAAGAUAAACGCAAUAGUAUUAUAUGCCCCCAGGGCUUAUUCAUUGUUUUAAACAAUGUAUCAACAAUCGGUGGUCACCACCAUAUCACUAAAUGUUUUGCCAAGCAGCUGCUAUAUUGUUGCAAGUCUAGACAAAGUUAUGUUUGUUCCACUGGUGCAAAAGAGCAGCCUUAAAUAAUAAUAUGCAGUUACUAAAGUUUUAAUUUUGUCUAGGAUAAGUUGUUUUAUCAGUAAUGAAAAAAAUUCUUUGCUUUAAAUACAUAGGAUUUAAACCUCAACUGGACAUCCAUUACGAACAUGGGUCACAUAAUUUUUACAUAAUGUUCAGGCGGCGCGAAUCAUAACUUUUGCCUCACAGAAAGUGCCCUGGUCCUUUUGUAUAUUUGUUUGCAUGUUCCCCUUUGUCAGCAUGGGAUUUCCCCUGGGUGCUCUGGUUUUCUCCCACAGUCUCAAAUACAUUCAGAACUUUGGAGAUAAAGGGCUAAAUUGCCCUUCCCUCCAACUUAUGUGUCAAUGCCAAGAAUAUAGCCAUAGAUGCUGAAAUGGUGUUAAUAGAUUGAGAAAAGUUUAAAGAUUAUACUUCGAUUUCAAAAUUAGUAAAUGCAACAACUAACACGAAACAACAAUGAAUGUUUUUCAGCAUGUACAGUAUUGAUCCUUGUUAAUGUUAGUUUAUACCAUUAUUCAUGUUAAUUCAUGGUGCAUUAACUAAUGUUAAGUUUAUGUAUGAUUUGAAAAACGUAUUCGUAAAUGCUGAAAUUGACAUGAGCUAAGAUUUAUAAAUGCUGUAGAAGUGUUGUUCAUUGUUGGCUAAUGCAUACAGAUGCAAACGUGUCAUUUUUUUAAUGUUCAACGUAUUGUGCUCUUCUUUUAUGGAAUUUAAGGAAAACGACAUUUAAAAUGUCAUCAAUGUAAUGUAUAGUACCUUGACCUUUUGCUCAUGAAGAAGAAAAUACACAAGGAAUGCAUCUCUGAAGCAGCAUUUUCGGGUUCAUCUUACAGUAAGUAUUAAAUGGUUUGCACUUAAUGUUGUUCUGCAAAAUCACAUCUGCCUCAGGAUGGGUUCUUAAUUACCUUCUGACAUAUUUAACAAAUCAUCUAAGCAAAGUGAGUUCAAGAAACCUUACAAACCCUAGGGUGAUGAAUGCAAGUAAACUGUCUUUGAGCACUGUGCAACAGCAAAACUCUGCAGAACACUGAAAUCACAUAUGGUGCAUAUUUUGUCAAUGCUGAACAUUUAAAGCUCCACGUGUGUAAGAUUGAAUCUUAUUGUGAUAGGUUCUUGUGCACAUGAGAAGGCACGGAAUGAUUAAAAUUGUCUCCUGUCA